UGUUGGGAUCGGAGUUGUUGCCAAUGUUUCGUUGUUGUUUUUCUAUAUUUUAUUCACAAAGUCGAAAGGAAAAUAUUAUACUCGAUCAAAGAGGACAGUUGAAUAGUAACUCGGAUACAUUCAACCAGAGCUCCAGUCAUGAUAGAACUCGCUUCCAAACGACAGCACCAUACUUUCCAGACACUUUAGAAGAAAGAAAACUUGGCAACGUUCAUACAAGUGAUUCGGAUGAAAGCGUUCAUAUUGUACAAAGUUACAUUUCCAAGGAUGGUUCUCUUACAGCUACUGUGAAACCUUAUAAAUUAUCUAGUCAAGACCUUGAACUAUGUGCAAGCUAUUUAUCUCAUCUGAAUGCAACGCCCAAAAGUUUCCAAGACGACAAGAGUGAAGAAGAAAGCUGUGAAGAAUAUGGUCCAGGUCUAGAUGCAUUGCGAAGAAUUUGUUCGGAACCAACGGGAAAAGGUACCACGGAUGAUUCAUUUCUAAUUAGAUAUCGCAAAUGGAGCGAAAGACGCUCACUAAGGUUGGUGAAUCAUCAAGAAAAUGAACACAAUGAAGAAGAAGAAGAAGCAGCAUUACGAAGAAUGAAGGGAAGUGUACUUCGAGCACAUUCUUCCAUGACUUUUCAUUUUUGAAUUUUUUUCUCAUUCUAUGUGCAUUUCCAAUAUAUUUUGACAUGAUAGG